AUGAGUAGUUCACAGAUUUCAUCGGGUGACCUCCGUCGCUCAGAUGAAAAAUCGCCCGACGAGUGCGAGCGAACAGGAGGCCGACACGUGGCAGUAACGGCCUCCUGUCUUCGCCUUCUCUCUCCGCCGGUUGAUGUAACCGAGGAGACGGCCGUAACCGAGGAGCUGAACGGUCGAACCACGGACGUCCGUGAUUCGCCAUCAGCUGGCGUCUUCCCGAGACCCGAAUCGGAGGGGACAGCAGUUGACGCCGUCCACUCUCUCUUCGGGAACGAGGCGACGGCAGGCGAAGAGGCCCCCUCUGAUCUAACCAUUGAUCGUAUGAUCAAUGGUCAGAAUCAGCCGGCUAUAAAGGCGUCAACAGCCGUUACCGAGGCACCGCCCUCGGACGGCCACGGCCAUAACGCCGAACCAGAUCCAACCGUUGAUCUUGAUAUCAACGGAGGGGAUCACAGGGCCAUAAACGCGCCGCAACUUUUUGCGAUCGCCGAUGCCUCGGCUGGGACGCUGGUGACGUCAUCAACGUCAGACACCGUGGACGUAGCACCACCUGAGGUGGCUUUAGCCCAGGUCAUGCCAGCCCAGCCCAGCGAGGCUGCGCUGGCUCAGGACGUACAGGCACAGGCCCAGGUGACCCAGGCCAAGCCUGAACAGCCGGCUCAGGCUGCACCGGUCCAAUCUCUUGCCCAGGCAAGGGGCAAGAGCCUGCAGCCCAAAAAGAAGAUAGGACGCCGACUUUUACGUCCCCCCUCGGCCACGUCCUCUAAGCCUACCUCGAGUCAACAAAUCGAACCAACUAGGAUCCCAACACUAGUUGAGACACCUAUAUUGACCCCAAACGCAUCCAUUGGGCACACUAUUACACCUAGUGGGCUAGACUCUACUGUGCCCCAUAGGCCAAACCCGACUAUACCCACUAGACACCUAUCAUGGGCGCAACGAGUGUCUAACCCCUUUGUCCCCUCCACAGAGACUGUCACACCACAGAAACCGCUACGUCAUGUACUAUUCCCAACCUAUGAUACCACUGUCCCAGUGCGAAGCUAUAGCGAUGAUGAUGGGGGGAGGACAAUAGCUUUUACUUAUGAGGAGGUCUCCUAG